UUACUGUUGAUGAGUGUAGAAGUGAUGAUUAAUGCUGGAUUCUAGAUAGAUUUGAUGCUGAUGUGGCUCAGAAUGGCUCCUGCUCUUCAUCUGAUCUUUCUGCUCAUCAUUCACAGAGUUUCUGCUGCUGAUUGGGGUGUGAAUUACAGUCCUACACAAUUCUGUGCACUACAGAACUCAACAAUGACAAUCAGAUGCACUUUUACAUACCCGACUACUGGAUAUCAGGUCAUGAAAGCCUUUUGGAACAUAGACCAAGUAAGAUAUGACGGAGAUUUUGUAGAUCUGUCUCAUAACUCUGAAUACAGUCAGAGGCUUCAGUAUCUGGGAGAUAAACAGCAGAACUGCACCGUCAGACUGAGUCAUGUGACAAAGAAAGAUGAACAUGACUAUUAUUUCAGAAUCACUACUAAUGUAACAAAAGGAAUAUGGAUUGGCAUUCCAGGAGUGUCACUAGAUAUAAUGUGUGUGUUGUGUUCAGAUCUUCAGCUGGAGUCUCCUGAGAGAGUGACAGAGGGAGAUUCAGUCCGUCUGACAUGUAAAAGCAGCUGUAAACUGACUGACACACCAACAUUCAUCUGGUACAGAAACUCACACACAUUGACUAAUAUUGGAGAUAAACUCAACAUCAGUUCAGUCAGUAGAAGAGAAGCAGGACACUACAGCUGUGGUGUGCAGGGACAAACGUACAUCUCUCCUGCUGUUUAUCUCGAUGUCACAUAUGCUCCAGAUACUCCUGUGAUCUCCAUCAGUGGAUCUGCUGUAAUAAUGUCUGGAGAUUCAGUGACUCUGAUCUGCAGCAGUGACUCAAACCCUCUUGCAGAAAUCAGCUGGUAUAAAGGAGAAACAUCUGUAGGAUCUGGAAGAAUCUUCAACAUCUCCAAGAUCAGCUCUGAUGACAGUGGAGAAUACAAGUGUAGAGCCAGAAAUGACCAUGGAGAGAAAUACUCUGAUCCUGUGAAUUUAGAUGUGCAGUACCCACCCAGGAGCAUCUCAGUGUCCAUCAGUGGAUCUGCUGUAAUAAUGUCUGGAGAUUCAGUGACUCUGAGCUGCAGCAGCGACUCAAACCCUCCUGCAGAAAUCAACUGGUUUAAAGGAAAUAAAUAUCUGAAUUCUGAAAGAAUCUUCAGCAUCUCCAAGAUCAGCUCUGAUGACAGUGAAGACAUCAAGUGUAGAGCCAGAAAUGCACAUGGAGAGAAAUACUCUGUUGCUGUGAUUCUAAAUGCCCAGUGUGAGUUUAUGAUGGUUCAGUAAUUAACAUAUUACAUCAUCUAAAGUAAACUGUCACUGGUGAAGCUUUUAUCAUC